CCGGAAAUUAACCGCGUAGAUCACGCGAUUCAAAUGGCUCAAGGAGCCACGAUAGCAUUGGAAACUAUGCCAUCAUGGCUUAAGGCAGCCAAGUUACACAAGGUGCAGUCACAGAACGAGCGAAAGGUAGAAUUGGAGCAAGAGCUUCAGAGGCAUCAAGAAGAGAAUAAUUUUUACGGCAUAUGCUAUGAUAUCUACCGUGCAUUGCACGAGGAAGUAACAACUAUAUCGAGAGAGCUCCUACAGUAUAACAUUGUACCCGAAUCUUUCUUACUUGAUUCAAUUUGGAUGUUGAACCGGGCCCUCAGAAAGUCACAGGAGAGCGAGUCAAGGGCUGAGGCCGAGUGGAUGAGGUAUUGGAAUAUUCAUGAUAGCCCUGGGGCGCGCACGACGUGGAUCUGA